AUGUGCGGACUCAGAGAGCACAGGGGAGAGUUGCAGCUUUCGUGGAUCGUUACCCUUGUGGAGUCAGGGAGAGGGGAAGAAGCCUGGAGAAGGGCAGGGCGGUGGCCCGCAACAGCGCAAGGCGCAGGAGCCGGUGACAACGAGCGGCCGGGGGCCUCCGAUUUCGUGGGGGGCGGGCGGGGGCUGACCGGGAGCGGCGCGGGGGCGGCAGACGGGGCGUGGGGGGGGUGGCGCGAUUGGGAUGAUGUCGUCGGGGGGGGAGGCUUGGCUCGCGGCGGCGGCGGCGGCGGUGGGAUCGCCAGGGGGCUGUCGUAUCGCUCGUCAACCAUGUGCCAGCAGGCGUCAGCGCUGCCGCAGACCGCGGAGCACUUGUACCCGGCCUCGACGUACCCCGAGGAGCAGCAGCACGGGGGGGAGGCGCGGCGGCGGCGGCAGCAGCAGCCACGGGGGGUGGGGUACGAGAACGCCCGGAGAGCCGCUGGGGUGGAACGGCAGCAGGAGGGGCGGCCAGCGGUCGGGGCGGGCGACGUGACGUCACCCGCCGCUGCCGUGAGGAACGGUAUGCAGAACGGGCUGUGGGUGCAGAAUGGCGGGGCGGAGUCGGGUGCCGUGGUCGCGGAGUGGCAGCAGCGCGAGGGAGAGGCGGAGGGGGUGGCUAACGGCUGGGCUCUUGCGUCCUUUGCGGUGGAUCCACGGCCCGAGGAGGUGCGGGCGGCUUCUGCCGUGCUGGCGGACGAACUGUCGACGUUUCGGGAGGAUGCCGGGCUGGAGAAGAAGGAGGAAGAGGUGGUGGAGGAGGUGGAGGUGGUGGAUUACUCGAAGCUCACGGUGCCGGAGCUGAAGGGCAUUCUGAGAGCGAAGAAGCUCAAAGUCUCGGGGAAAAAGGAGGAGCUGAUCGAGAGACUCAACCAGGUGCAACAUCGACAAACGGGUGCCGUGGUCGCGGAGUGCCAACAGCGGGAGGGAGAGGUGGAGGGCGCCGCUGAUGGCUGGGCUCCUGCGUCCUUUGCGGUGGAGCCACGGCGGGAGGAGAUGCCGGCGGCUUCUGCCGGGCGGAAGAAGAGGGAGGAAGGGGUGGAGGUGGAGGCGGAGGUGGUAGAUUAUUCUAAGCUCACGGUGCCGAAGCUGAAGGACAUUCUGAGAGCGAAGAAGCUCAAAGUCUCGGGGAGAAAGGAGGAGCUGAUCGAGAGACUCAACCAGGCCAAUUCUGAGACGACCAGCAGCAACACCGCCGCGGCAUCGGCGGCAGUGGCGGUUGGCGAGGUUCCGGAGAGUUUGCCUCACACGGAUUCUUCGACCCCUACGCAGCCGCAGCAGGAGCAGGAGGAGGACGAGGCGCUUCCCCAGAACUGGGACGAGCACAACGCCUACGUGGGGCAAGGGGAGGACAUCCUGGUGGCGUCCGACUGGACGCGGCAGCGCGAGUAUUUCGGCACCGGCAACGGCCGCGGCGGCGGCCCGAACGGUAGCACGAACGGCGUCUCGAACACCUACGGCAGCAGCAGCAGCAGCAGCUACGCGAAUUCCUACGGCCGUCCUCCUCCUGCCGGUAGUGACGGGUACGCCGGGGCCGCAACAACACCGGCGAGCGGCGGCGGCGGCGGCGGCAGCGGCGGCGGCACGAGCCACUACGGACGUCCUGCUGCCGCACAAGGGUAUGCUGGUGCUGCCGCUGCUACUGCUACGCCGGCGCGACGAGUGGAGCAGGAGCAGCAGCAGCAGCAGCAGGUCGAGAGGGGAGGGAGUUCACAGCGAGUAGGCGGCCCCGGCGGGGGAGCGUUCAAGCCGGCCGCGGUGCCUGUGGUAGACCCGGGUAUCGAGCGGCUGCCGUUGCCGUCGAUGCCGAAAACGGUGGAAGACAAGGUGGAGGGCGUUCAGAUUGUCGCCGGGAGGGAGAAGGCGCGCAAGGUUGUCAAGAUCUUGAUGGAUAACCCGGAUGCCUUCUACGCCUGUGACACGGAGGUCUCUGAGAUCAACCUCAAGGACCAUGGCCCCGUCGGCCACGGUCGCGUGACGUGCAUCUCGAUCUACGGGGGGCCGGACCUGGACUUCGGAGAAGGUCCCGGGAAGAUCUUGUGGGUGGACAACCUGGGGGCGGCGGCGGGGACGCUGGAGGAGUUCCUACCCUUCUUCGCGAGCGAGAAGCACAAGAAGGUGUGGCACAACUACGGUUUCGACAGGCACGUGAUGUUCAACUCGCCAGACAACAGGGAGGAGCAAAGGAUCGACUGCGUCGGUUUCGCCGGAGACACGAUGCACAUGGCCAGGCUGUGGGACACGAGCAUGGAGAAGUACGCCGGGGACACCGGUUUCUCGCUCGAAGCCUUGUCUCUCAAGCUCCUCGGGGAGGGGCAGCGGAAGACGCCCAUGAAGGAGCUGUUCGGCAUCCCCAAGCUCAAGAAGGACGGUACGCCGGGUAACCUUCUGGUGCUGCCGCCGAUCGACGAGAUACAGACGAGGCCGGAGGUUAGACCCAGGUUCAUCGAGUACUCGGCCUACGACGCUCAGGCGACGUGGCUGGUGCACCGCGAACUGAUGCAGAAGCUGAGGGAGAUGUCGUGGAAGGACGGGAUGACCAUGCUGGACUUCUACGAGAUGUACUACGUGCCCUUUGGGGAGCUCCUCACGGACAUGGAGAGGACCGGGAUCUACGUGGAGGCGAAGGACUACCUGCAGGACAUCGAAGUGCAGGCCCGGAACGACAAGAAGAAGGCCGAGGAGACAUUCCUGAACUGGGUGAAGAAGAUACAGCCUGGCGCGGAGACCCUCAACCCGUCGUCAAGCACACAGAUUCAGACGCUUCUCUUUGGCGGGGCGACGAACCCAAAGACCAAAGAAAAGCUUCCGGUUCGACGGGUUUUCAAGAUCGAGAGGGAUCCUGCCGAACUCGAGGCGUUCAAGGCGACCCAGGUGCAAGACGAGUUCGCCGACUACACCGCGGCCAUGCUCAAGGAAAAGCUCAAGGAAAUGGGUAAGAAAGUAACGGGGAAGAAGGACGUGCUGCUGGCAAGGAUCCGCGGAGAGGAGAAGGAGGACAUCGGAGCUUUCUUCAAGACGAUGAGCUCGAAGGAUCUGAAGGACACGUGCAAAACGAGGGGCAUAAACGAGGACGGCACGAAGAAGGAGCUUGUCAAAAAGCUUACGGACGACGCCAAGUUCCAGGUCAACCUGCAGGAGGCUAGCGGCAAGGCCGAGGAAGAGAAAAAGAAGCCUCCACCGAAGAAGAUGACCAAGUAUCGCGAGCUGACGAUCUCCAGCGUCAACAUGAAGCCAACCAAGGUUACGGCUGCGGGCUCUCCCGCCGUGUCCAUGGAUGUCCUUAACCAUCUCGCGGGAAACCCGCAUGAGGAUCCGCCAAAGUAUGGCGCCGCGUACGGGCACUUCGGAGGCGGGCUGGAGGGAAAGGAGGCAUGCGAGGCUCUGUACGCGCUCUGCAACAUGGGCUCGGUCGACACGAUGGUGUCCAACUUCCUGCAGCCCCUUCAAGAGUUGGUCGACGAAAAGAGCCGAGUGCACUGCAGCCUCAACCUCAACACGGAGACGGGGCGGCUCUCCGCCCGAAAGCCCAACCUGCAGAACCAGCCUGCUCUGGAGAAGGACCAGUACAAGAUUAGGGCGGCCUUCCGUGCGGAGGAGGGCAACACCCUCGUGGUGGCGGACUACGGACAGCUGGAGCUGCGGCUGCUGGCUCACAUCACGGACUGCAAGAGCAUGAUCACCGCCUUCAAAGAGGGCGGUUGCUUCCACAGCCGGACCGCGGUGGGGAUGUUCGAUCACGUCAAGGAGGCGGUUGACAAGGGGGAGGUGCUUCUCGAGUGGGACUACUCCAAGGGGGAACCGCCAAAGCCGUUGGUGAAGGACGUUUUCGCGAGCGAGCGAAGACAGGCCAAGACACUUAACUUCUCCAUUGCCUACGGCAAGACGGGGCAUGGACUGUUUAAGGAUUGGGGGGUAACGUUGAAAGAAGCGGAGGACCUCGUGAAGGCGUGGUACGCUGACAGGCCCGAGGUGAAGAGGUGGCAGAAGCAGGUCAUCCAGAACGCGAAGGACACUGGGUUCUCUCGCACGCUCAUGGGCAGGUAUCGCAAGCUGCCAGACAUCACCUCGAACGACAGGGGUAAAGUGGGCCACGGCACCCGGGCCGCCAUCAACACCCCCAUCCAGGGCGGCGCGGCCGACGUGGCGAUGGUUGCCAUGAUCGGGAUCGUCCGCAGCCCGCUUCUCAAGAAGCUGGGCUGGAAGCUCCUGCUGCAGGUACACGACGAGGUGAUCCUGGAAGGACCGGAGGAAUCGGCGAAGGAGGCGUUGGCCGAGACGGUGCGGUGCAUGCAGCAGCCGUGGGACGGAAUUGGCCUGAGAGAGCUCCGGGUGGACCUCUUGGUCGACGCCAAGUCCGCCAAGACCUGGUACGACGCCAAGUAAAACAAAACGCCGGCCGGGUUCCGGCCAGGCCGAUCGAGAGCAACUCUUGCCCCAGGAGGAGGGGCCCGCCCCUUUGCCCGUCGUAUGGAUCGUGUACGAGUCGCCGGAUUGCUGGUCUUAUCCUACUGCGUUG